AUGAACGCGGAGGAAGAUAAGCAAAAAGCCAUUGGCGAAGAGACCUCGAGCAUUAAUGAAGAUUCGCCAUCUGCUAGUAAUAACGCAUCUACACAUUCAGCCAGCAAUAAUCAGCAAACGUACGAGCAGCAGCAACAACCAUUGCAGUCGCUGCAAUCGACACGCACCACCAACCCAGAUAUGAAACGAUCCGCCGUUAAGGAACUAAUAGAGCGUUAUUUUUAUCAACUACAGCGUGGUUGUGGUAAUCCGAAAUGCUCGAACGAGAAUUGUGCAUCCAGUGGCCAGGUUGCGCCAAUGAACCCCAACGAAAUAGCCGCACGCGCUAUUCAACUUUUCUCACAGGAUGCAAAACUAUGCGACUAUAGUCAACCACCGAAGGUGCCGCGCACCCAGAAUGACUCACCGUCGAGUUCACAUUCAGCGAGUUCAGCGGCCACGACACCAAGCAUACAAGACUCCGACAUGCCCUCGCCUAAUGAUAGUAGCACGAGCAGCACAAGUAGCUCUACUAGCACUAGCAGCAGCAGCGGUAAUAGCACCAUAACUUCUGGCAGUGCCAGUGGUAGUGUGCACAGUCAUGCCAGUCAGCACAGCAAUAUAAGCAGUUCUGGCCCAAAUAGCGCAGGCGGUGGUGGUGGUACGGGUGGCGGCGGCGGUGGAGAUGCCGAUGUAGCUGCCACUUCCUCAUCUUCAUUAAUAUCACAUAGUCGCCCUAAUUCAAACAGAAGCUUGGAAAACACUAGGGACCGUUCAGCAGCAGCUGCUGACAUGUGCCAAUUGGAAAUUCUGUGCAACGCAGCAGAAGCAGCGGAAAUGGCAGUGGAUAACAGCAAUUUGCAGACAGCUCAAACGGGCAUACCUGUAGAAGGGGGACCAGCAGCCCGUACUGCCUCUGGGCCACCAACGCCCACUUUCGCACCAGUCCCUUACCUCAAUGAGGCCUUGCUCGAUGAAUUGUUGGAUGAAUGCGUUAAGUUUAAUACAUACGAUCGACUAUUACAUGCCAUAAACGAAGUUUACCCGCAUGUCGAACGGUUGAGUAAAAGCUUUCGUAGGCCAGUUUUCGCAGGUGUACACUCAACUCAAUUGACUUCCAGUGCUACAGCUUCAAAGCUGCAAGAAUUGCUUGGUUUUUCGACCUAG